UGCCCUAAGUAGGGCGCCUAUAUUGGCAUUUGGGAUACAGCCUUAGAGUCACCUGACACACAAGACGGAAAAGGAAAUCACUGGAGCUGUUGAACUUCCUUUGUUUUGUGUAUGAGGAGUAGAAAGCAGGAAAAUGGAUCAGCUUUCCUUUAAAUGGCUUCAGUUUUUAUUCGUCAGUUUCUUUUAUACAUAUGUGAGCUGUAGCUCAGUAGAGCAGAAGAUCUACUUUAACUUGAAUAACACAGUUCCCUGUGUCCGGCUCCUCAAUGCCACUCAUCAAAUAGGGUGCCAGUCAUCUAUAUCAGGAAACACUGGGGUUCUCCACAUGCUAGAGAAUGAGGACGACUUGAACUGGAUCCUCAACAAGGGGCCACAUCCACCUUACAUGAUACUCAUCGAGUCAGGCGAAUUCAACAGAUCCUUAAUGAUGAGGUUGAAGAACUCCAGUCGGGUGGCGGGAGUGGCAGUGAUACAAGGCAGCACAGCUCCCACUCAAGGCUUCUCACCACACACGUCCUGCCCCAACCAGAACACAGGUGUGUACUCCGAGCAGUACGGUCCUGAGCUGUCAAAUUGCAGCACAACAGUGUGGAACCCGCUUGGCAACGACCUAUCCUACGAAGACUUCUCGUUCCCCAUUUUCUCAUUUAAAGAUAAUAAUAACACCCAAGUUAUUCGCAAGUGUAUUGAGGAUCACAACAUGCGUGUGAACGGCACCGCCCCCGAGUACCCACUGUGCGCCAUGCAGAUCUCCUCUCACAUGCACGCCGUCACCGACACGGUGACCUGCAUGCGUCGUUCAGACCUGCAGCAAAGCUUCAGCAUCAACCCAGAAGAGGUGUGCGAUCCUCUCUCAGAUUGGAACGUGUGGGCACCUCUGAGGCCCAUUAACAUCACCGCCAAAGGCCACAAAGAGAAUGAGAGCGUAGUCAUCGCUGCUACCAGGCUGGAUGGGCGAUCGUUCUUCUAUGAAAUUGGUCCAGCAGCAGAGGGAACCGUGUCCAGCAUCGUGACCCUGCUGGCUGCCGCCCAGGCUCUUCGAGCGGUCACUCAAGUGGCCCCGCCCCCUCGCAACAUCUUCUUUACUUUCUUUCAGGGAGAAGUUUUUGAUUAUAUUGGCAGCUCCAGGAUGGUUUACGAUAUGCAGAACAAUAAAUUUGCGAUCGAUUUGGACAACGUGCACUCAGUGCUGGAAAUCGGACAGGUCGGGCUUCGGGAUGGACCGAAACUGUGGAUGCAUUCAGACCCUGUGUCUCGGAGAAACGAAUCAGUUAAUGAGGAGGUCACGGCUCUAGUAACCAACAUCAAAUCUGCAGCCUCCGCACUGAAUCUCUCACUAGACGAGCCAAACGCCACUCAGCCCUUACCACCCGCGUCCCUACAGCGCUUCCUGAGGGCUCAGCCAAUUCCGGGUGUGCUGCUUGCCGACCAUCGAUCCUCAUACGUGAACAGGUACUAUCAGAGUCUGUAUGAUACAGCAGAAUACCUGCAUGUGAGCUACCCUCCUGAUCUGAGCCCAGAGGACCAGCUAGAGUACGAGACAAAAGCUGCCAAGUCUCUUACCGAAGUGGCGACUCUGGUAGCUCGCUCGCUGUACAAACAGGCUGGAGGGGAAGACAAGUUCCUCAGCAACAUCACCGCUGAUACCAAGACAAUGGCCAAGCUGCUGUACGGCUUCUUGGUUCAGACCAAUAACAGCUGGUUCCGUUCCUUACUGCCCCCGGAGGCCGCAUAUGGACGCAAAUCCAUUUUAACCUCUGCCCCACCGCUGUACUAUGUAGGCCUGAGUAUGAGCAACAAAGUGAAGAUUGUGACCACCUUGGUGAAGUUCAUUUUGGCCAAUAUGACUGGCACUGCCACCAGCCUUAACCAAACUCAGUGCCAGAGUCCUAAAGAUGUUCCCGGCGAGAGCAAAGAUUUGUAUUCUUACGAGUGGGUAUCUGGUCCUGCUUCUGAAAACCACACUACAGGGGAACCAUUUUGUGUCCGAUCUAGUGUUUUCCUUACCAAAGCCAAGUCCCCUGCUUUUGAGCUUCGGGAGUACGGUUCCAAAGAGUACUCCACGUGGACCGAGUCGCGCUGGAAGAGGACGGAUGCUCGCAUCUUUCUAAUAGCGAGUCCACAGUUAGAGAUGUUGACACUGGGAGUGGGUAUAGCUAUUCUGCUGGUAUCUCUGCUGCUGACCUACUUCAUCAGUUCAAAGGCAGAGCUUCUAUUUAGCUCCACUCACGAGACCCCAGCGACCACCUACUGAACCCCCGGACUCCGCCCACAGAAGCACCCAGAAUAAACGUACAGUUCACUCACACAGACUUUAAUACCACUGUACAGACUUGUGCAUUAAUUUAUCAUUCGGUACCACUGUUCAGUCUCCAGCAUUAGAUUCAGCAUGACUGUUGUUGAUUGUCAGCUGUCCAGCCGGACUGUUUAUGUACACACAUACAUACACACACACACACACACACACACACACAUACACUUUCAACAUAAUUCUAUGAUUAAAGACUCUUAACUGGACCUGGCCACACUGGACUAAACUGGACACAAGGCCAGGUGUGGGUAUACUGAACAUGGUGAGCUGGGAAAAGAUGUCCAUAUUUACUUUUAAAUGCUGACCUUUCAUUUGUGCUUACUGUUUGUUUGGCACUAAUCAGAAUGUUUUUUUUAAUUUAAUGUAUUAACUGAUUAUUUGAGCGUAUGAAUAUUAAAGCCUGUUUGUGUACGUGUGAUAAAUAGGGCCCUAUGAUUUCCGUGACAAGAACAAGGAUGUAAUCGCUGAUUUGCUGAACUUACACCAUCUUCACACACACACACACACUUUUUCUAGUUGGUCAGUCAGUGUGUUAUUAAUCAGAUUUUCAUGGUACCAUGCUCCUCAGAACUAUAAUAAUAAGAGACCACAGAGUUGCUCUGAUUAGCUGAAUAAUCGGAUCUAGUGCAGCCUAAAUCUUCUAGUUUUUGAGCCAGAUUUCUGUUGCCAUUAAGCGCAUUUUGCAGGAGUGUAAAAAGAAAGGACACGUCUCAAAACGUUGAAGAUCUUAACAUGUGUCUAAUUGCAUAUGCUUUUCAGUUUACUGUAAAAAAAAAAAGUCUUCUUGUUUUCUUCUAUUUUUAAAGCAGAAGUAGUCCUACCACUGCUGUUGGGCCCUUCAGCUGUUUGAUUUGUGUCCUAUAAUAGUUGUAAGGUGCUUGGGAUGAAAGCAAUUAUGUAUUCAUUUUUAUUAUAUAUUUAUUUUUUACAUUUUUGACAUUUAGUGGGUGCGUUAAUGCAAAGUGAUUUACGAUUAUGAUCGAAUACAAUCCAAGCAUCUAAGAUUGGUGCAAUGCUUUGCCGAAAAUAAAGUGCAACAGGAAUCAAAUGGCAUCCAGGGUAGGUGGGAAAAAUGAAAAUUUUGACCAGUAUUUCCAAACAAUGUCGAUUUUAUUGAAAAUAUGAAAUAGGACAAAAUAUCUGUAGUAAUUAAUUGAUUUAAAUAAUGAAGUAGGUAAUUAAAAUAAAGAAAAGGAUUUCAUAGGGUCAAAACAAUCACAUGUGCUUGCAUACAUGCAUGGGUGCAUGUAAAAUCCGUGUGGGCACGUACCUGCACCCAUGCAUGUGUGCCCAUACGUACACUACAUAGCCAAUACUCUUUGGCCACCUGACAAUGAGCUUGUAAAAACAUAUGCUAUUAUAAUAAAGUGACCCCAGUGUGAUCUUCUCAGCUAUUACAACAGCCACUUUUCUGAAAAGGCUUCUCAUAACACUUUGAAGUAUGUCUGUGGGAAUUUGUGCCCAUUCAAUUAAAACAGCAUUUGCAUGGCUGGCAAGCGAUGUUCAAGAAUGCCUCAGUUCCAAAGCUGUUCAGUGGGAGUGGAGUUUCUUUAAACUGAGCUUUUCUUCAUUCCUUUAUAGGCCUUGCUUUGGGCACAGGGGCAGAGUCAUGCUGGAACAGGAAGGGACCUUCCCUUAACUUUUGCUGCAAGUUAGCAUAUAAUUUCCUUUAUAUAAGUGAUUUAUUUCACGUUAGUAAUUGUUGUGGCUGAAGCACAUGAAUUAAAUCAUUAGAAGAGGGGGGCCCAAUACUUUUGUCUAUAUAGUGUGUGUGUGUGUGUGUGUGUAAGCAGAUGUGCAAUAAGUGCAGCAGAAUCCGUGUAAUGUUCUUUCUAAGUUCUCCUAAACAGAAUUAAACAAUAAUGUGUUUGAUUGGACCUGAACAUGUUUUCAGCUGAAUGACCACUACUGAGAGAUACUACAGUAAAGCAGAGGCGAUUCUUUUCUGUAACUCCACCCUGAUUUAACAGGCACAGAACAUCAAUGGACCAAAUCAAGAUGACAGAUGUGGGUUUUUUUAUUUUACAGUAAGAUUUUGAUGUAUGAUGUCAUUAUUUCUGCGUGAGAAGUUGGUAGAGAUUGAUGCCUUGAUUACUGAAUAAACACUGCUUAUUUUA